GGCGGCCGUGGGGCGAUGCGCUCCGUCCCAUCCUGCGCUCGGUUCCCGCAGUCCCGGACGGCAGCGCGGGGCCGCCCCGCGCCGUACGGAGGCAGCGCUUCGCCGGGAGCUGGGAGAGAGUCGGCUCCGUGCUCCCGCCCUCCUCCUUCCCUCCGUCUCUCCCUCCCUCCGUCCUCGGCUGCCUCCUCCCGCGCUUCCCCCUCCCCGCCUCUCCCCUCCCCUCUCCGCGCCGCAGCCUCCCCCGGGCCGCCCGGCGCUGCCCGAGCUGUGCGGGCGCCGAGGAUGGCAGCGCGGUUGCGGCCCCUGGCCCUGCGGCUGCUGGCGCUGACCUUCCCAUUGGUGGCGAGGGGCUUCUCCGACGAGACCCUGGAAAAAGCCGCUAAAUCCGAAGGCUACUGCAGCCGGAUCCUGCGAGCCCAGGGCACCAGGAGGGAAGGGUACAAUGAAUUUAGCCUGAGGGUGGAGGGCGAUCCGGAAUUCUACAAGCCUGGAAACAGUUACCGCGUGACACUUUCUGCUGCCACUCCUGCUUACUUUCGAGGAUUCACUUUGAUUGCUCUGAAGGAAGGAAAAGAAGGUGAUAAAGAGGAAGACCAUGCAGGAACUUUCCAGAUCAUAGAUGAAGAAGAGACACAGUUCAUGAGCAAUUGUCCAGUUGCGGUUACUGAGAGCACACCUAGAAGGAGGACACGCAUCCAGGUGUUCUGGACAGCUCCUCCUACCGGUACGGGCUGUGUCAUUCUCAAGGCCAGUAUUGUGCAGAAGCGCAUUAUUUAUUUUCAAGACGAGGGUUCUCUCACCAAAAGAAUCUGUGAACAAGAUUCAGCCUCAGAGGGUGUGACUGACAAACCAAUUUUAGAUUGCUGUGCCUGUGGAACUGCCAAAUACAGGCUAACAUUUUAUGGAAAUUGGUCAGAAAAAACACAUCCCAAAGACUUCCCACGGCGCACUAACCAUUGGUCUGCAAUCAUUGGUAGUUCUCACUCAAAAAACUACAUCCUUUGGGAGUAUGGAGGGUAUGCUAGUGAAGGUGUCAAGCAGGUUGCAGAAUUGGGAUCACCAGUCAAGAUGGAAGAAGAAAUUCGACAACAAAGUGAUGAGGUUUUAACAGUCAUCAAGGCAAAAGCACAGUGGCCUGCCUGGCAGCCUCUGAAUGUGAGAGCUGCUCCCUCUGCUGAGUUUUCUGUUGAUCGCCACCGGCACCUGAUGUCUUUCCUCACCAUGCUGGGGCCCAGUCCUGACUGGAAUGUGGGCCUGUCCGCUGAGGAUCUCUGCACCAAGGACUGUGGCUGGGUUCAGAAAGUCGUGCAGGAUUUAAUCCCCUGGGAUGCCGGCACAGACAGCGGUGUUACCUAUGAGUCACCCAACAAACCUACCGUUCCUCAAGAGAAGAUCAGACCACUUACAAGCUUAGAUCACCCUCAGAGUCCAUUUUAUGAUCCUGAAGGAGGAUCUAUCAAGCUGGUAGCCAGAGUUGUUAUUGAAAGAAUUGCACGCAAGGGUGAACAGUGCAACAUCGUACCUGAUAACAUAGAUGAUAUUGUGGCAGAUCUAGCACCAGAAGAAAAAGAAGAAGAUGAUACCCCUGAGACCUGCAUAUAUUCCAACUGGUCUCCCUGGUCAGCCUGCAGCUCCUCUACCUGUGAGAAGGGCAAGAGGAUGAGGCAGAGAAUGCUUAAAGCUCAGCUGGACCUCAGCGUGCCCUGUCCUGAUACACAAGAUUUUCAGCCGUGCAUGGGUCCGGGCUGCAGUGAUGAAGAUGGUUCCACUUGCAUGAUGUCUGACUGGAUUACAUGGUCCCCCUGUAGUGUUUCCUGUGGAAUGGGAACGCGAUCUAGAGAGAGAUAUGUAAAACAAUUCCCAGAAGAUGGCUCUAUGUGCAAAGUGCCUACUGAGGAAACUGAGAAAUGUAUUGUAAAUGAGGAAUGUUCCCCUAGCAGCUGCCUUGUCACCGAAUGGGGAGAGUGGGAUGAAUGCAGCGCUAGUUGUGGCACAGGAAUGAAAAGAAGACACAGAAUGAUCAAGAUGACUCCUGCUGACGGAUCUAUGUGCAAGGCAGAAACUACAGAGGCAGAGAAAUGCAUGAUGCCCGAGUGCCAUACUAUUCCCUGCCUUCUAUCCCCGUGGUCUGAAUGGAGCGACUGCAGCGUAACAUGUGGGAAGGGAAUGCGAACCCGGCAAAGGAUGCUGAAAUCUGCAGCUGAGCUUGGAGACUGCAAUGAGGAACUGGAGCAAGCAGAGAAAUGCAUGUUACCUGAAUGCCCCAUUGACUGUGAGCUGACUGAGUGGUCCCAGUGGUCCGAAUGCAAUACUUCGUGUGGAAAGGGCCACAUGAUCAGAACAAGAAUGAUAAAAAUAGAACCACAAUUUGGAGGAACGGCAUGCCCAGAAACUGUUCAACGUACAAAAUGUCGAGUAAGGAAAUGCCUGAGAGGCCCAGGAAUGGAAAAAAGGCGCUGGAAAGAAGCCCGGGAGAAACGAAGAAGCGAACAAGCUAAAAAAAACAUCGAUAAUGAGCAAUAUCCAGUUUGUAGGCUGAAACCAUGGACCGCUUGGACAGAAUGCUCUGCACUCUGUGGAGGUGGAAUUCAAGAGCGCUACAUGAUGGUAAAGAAGAGAUCCAAAAGCACUCAGUUUACAAGCUGCAAAGACAAAAAGGAGCUAAGAGCAUGUAACGUUCAUCCUUGUUAGGAAAAGACAAGGCUUCCAAGCGAUGCCCUCUGAGCUAAAAGGAAAGUCAACCUUGGUUUGGUUUUUAAAACAAAAGAAAAAAAAAAUAUAUGAAGUGUAUAUUAGUUUUCAUUUUUGCAGUGUGGUUUGCUUUUUAGUCUUGCUGGUGCAAGAAAUCUAUUUUAUAAAUAUUUCCUCACAGAUUACUGCUGAGAGUAAAUCUUGGAUGCUCCAGCUAGCCCUUAAUGCAUAAAAGUAGUAGGUCAUUGUGAGUCAUUUAACUGAAAUGCAGACAUAUCUGUGGACAUGGAAUAGCCAUAUAGAAAUACUACUUGUAAAGACAUGGGAUGCAUGCGUAUUAACAUAAAUUGAAGUGACAUUUUUCAUACGUGGGAGGAUUUCUCUCUUGAUUUGAUUUUAAGAAUCCAAAGCAGUGCCUACGUGAUCAUACAACUAUGCCAAGGAAAAAAUUCAGUAAUGCUGGUUCAACAAUACUAAAGGUGCAUGUUUAACUUUUUACAGCACUGGGUUAAGUGAUAGUUGAGAUAAUUACCCUACAUACUUUUGUUCGCGUGGAUGCUGCACUCAGUGCAAAAUCAGCUUUGUUUCUUAAAUAACAACUUAAGUAAUCUGUUGUGCAGCUCAGUAGCGAUGUCAGCCCAUAUAACACGGUCACAACGCACAAAGAACACGUGGCUGUCAUAACACCUAUCCACCAUCUCUCAAAAUGGGUACAGAACUAAGAGAAAUUGGUCCAAACACUGCGAGUCACAACAGCCGUGUGAUGAGAAGACCUACCCCUGAGGGACACUGCAGGACUAGAUGCAGUUUCAGAAGGAUGUUGGUCGCAGGCUAAGAGAGAAAGAGUUGUAUGAUACAACGCUAGAGAAUAGGUGACCUAGGUUCUUCCUCAUCCCUUGUAGCAAACAAAAGGAAAGGGAACUGUUGAAAUGAAACGAUUGCACAAGAAAAAAUAAAAUAAAAAACUAAAAAUUACAGAUAAAUACAAGAAUAAAUUUCCAGCAGCAUCGUUUAUGUCUUUUCACUUGGAGUUUAGUAGGAUCUGAAAGUGACUAUAAUUCUGAGAAUUAUCCACUUUGAUAUGCACUAGUCGGGAUAUACAUCUUUCCUGGCCCCUUAAGCAAGCAACAAACUGUCUGAAAUCGGCUCCCAACCACUCUCGUUGCUUUUUUUAUUUUACAUUUUCUCCUGAAGCAUUUAGCUGUUUUCCCUGCACUUAAUGAAGUGUGGGACUUUGAGAUUCACUUGUAUUGGAAUAGAAUACUGCCCCAUAAGUGUAUCAAUUUAAUGUUAAAUAUAAGGGUUGAAGGUGACAUUUUUUGUCCAGGAAAGGCAGUGUACGCCUAUGUCUCUACAUAAAUAAUAACAAUGCACUGAAUAUAAAAGACUGUUGAUGCUAACAUUAAGAAAACAAAACUGGAGAGAAAUGAAUGGAGAAGCAUUUUUGUUAUAGUCUCUUUAAACCAGCCUUAAAAAUGUUACUUUUUUAAUGCUCUGUCACUAUCGUGAGAGCCCAACACCCAAGGUUUUAAGCGUCCGCACUCAAUGUGAGCCACAGCCCGCUGAGGCUGUUUGACUUCACCUCCACUGCUCUGGGGAUCUCGUUACCUCCCUGUAUCUGGAUGGGCAGGUUGCAUUACACCAUUGGGCUUCUCAUCAGCAGAUCACCAGUGGACUCUGCAAGGACCACUCAGGACUUCCACAGCAUACCUUGAGGUAUUUUAUUGCAUUUCUUAGAGCUGAAAUUAGUGCUUAGCCUCUUCUGAUGCUGCUAAAUGAAAUGGGUGUAAGCUCUUAGGGAACCAAACCAGGAGAAAAACAAACAGCAAAAAACACAGUUUCAUGCUAAAACCAAACACUUCAUAUUUUGCACAGCUUGGCUCAUUUAAUAAUAGAUAUUAAUCUAGUUUGCCUCCUUGUGCCUAUUGAAAAAAUCUGUACCGAUAGCACUAUCAUUACACUGUAGCAAGAAGAGUGUCCCUAAGUAAUGUAUUUAUGAUCUUACCUUUCACGUUACCCUUUUUACAACCACAAAAUAAAAUCCCGUGCAAUGAUAAAGACUGUGAAGCAGCGACCAGUUGAGCACAUUGCGGGUGGAAAAGCAGACAGUUGCAGAGAAGGGCUACAGCAAAGAAUGCCAGGCAUGGUUACAGACCAGAGCUGUUUAGUACCUCUGUGAGCUACUCCUGCUGAGUGUGACAGAGGCCAGCCAGCUGAGGUGGGUCAGUAACAAAGAGAACCUUUGGCUGUAUAUUGUGUGACAGAGUGGUGUUGUGUGUUCGGACAUCUGAGAGCCAGGGGUGAGGGAGCAGAAGUGGUGCAUCUCUUGAAUGGUAAAAUGUAACGAUAUGAUUUUAGAGAGUGCAUUUUUUCUCAUCGAUCCUUACCAGCUGUUCAUUCUAAUCCUGCAGAGCCAUGCCAGCUUCUGCAAAUAAUCAAUUAAAAUUAACGUUGUCUUUAUUUUCAUCACUUUUCUGGUUCAUCGAGCUGUUUUAUCUUUUAAUCAUUCCCUUGGGCAAAGGCUGCACAGUCCAGAUGUACCUUUAGGCAUGUAGGAAAUGUGUAGCAUUUUAAUGGACGUGCUUACAAAAACGCCCACACAAAACCAAUGAGUCUGGCUUUCCUUUCACUGCGGUUCUGACCAAUCUGAUGCUCCACAGACAUAACUGUCUUUUAGCGAGGAGGCUCUUCGGUGUGAUUCCCAAUCAUUUCUCUUAGGCUUUUUAAAGUUAUGAAUGUUGGAUAUUUUCCCACCUUGUUAAUCCAUGCAAUGACAACGUAGGUUGCACUCGGGCAGAUAUGUGCGAUCAUUUCUGCUUAGGUUCAGAUUUUCGCACUGUUUUUCUGUUGGAACACUUGAGGAGUCACUUGUCUUACUUCUAACUUGAUACGAAAAGAAAUAUUUAAGCUUGUUACAUUUUGUAAAAAAAAUAAAAUAAAAUGAAAAAUUAAAAAGAGCAAACGAAAACAAAUGAACAAAAAAAAUGAGGUUGAUUUUCUAUUCAGAACAGUAAAACAAGCUCUGAUAAAUGAUAUGUAGAAGUAUUGCAUUGUUACUGUAAACUUUCUAGUCGUGUAACAGCCACUGGUUCUCAGUCAAUAGAGAUGAGAACUUUCUCUCUCGCCUCACGAAUAAUAUUGCUGAACUGAAAGCACAGACAUCGCUCCACUUUUGUAGACCUCAACUAUCAGAUUUUAGCAUUGUGUGUUUGUUGUUUUUUUCUAACAUACGAACCGUAGAAGCUUUACACGUAUUACAAAAGAAAAGUUAGGGGCAUAACAAGUGUACAGUAGGGCUCUGUGUGUGCAACGUACCAUUUAAAACAAUAUUUUGUUUGAUUGCAUUCUUAGAUUUCCUUCACUGUUUUUGUUUGCAGUGGAAUUACAAAAAGGCUACCAUGAAUAUUUCUUACCAAAGUCUUGUGUAGAUGUUUUGUAGUUGUCUGGCUAACACGUUAUUAUUUUGGAAUAAAGACAUCUUUACUAUGAAA